UCUUGACAAAAAACCAGACUGAAUAGUGGAGUGUGUGUAUGGGAGUAGGAGAUUUGCCGCCACACACCGCCGCCGUGCCUAGAAUAAUGGGAACGAACGUAAUCACUCGGUUGGCACUGAUCGCGGCUCUGAUCAUCGCGGUCUCCGUGGAACACUCGCUGGGUGCGCCGCCCGUGCCAGCUGCAGACACAGACAGUGCUGGACAGAAGGCAGGAUCAACAGACCCCGCGGUGGUGGUACGGUUGAUUCAUUAUCUGAGCUAUUUGAUUGAUUACGCGAUCAGAACGUACGUUACGGACUGGGCGAUGACUAGUCCCAAGGAGGCUUCGGAAUAUUUCGAUAACGCACUGGUCGCCGGACGGCUGAAUGAGCCCAGAGUUGACCAGUCGAAGCAGCACUACAAGCCCGACGACGGAGAAGCGGAGCAAAAUAUUAAAAUCAUUGACACAAUUCGUAGGCACUAAAUGAAUGUUCGAGCUAAGCUGCAGCAAGUAAAAAGUAGUGGGUAUAAAAGCUGCUAAAAAGAGAAUAAAGAACAGCAAUAUUACUCCGAAUCCGAAUCUAUUCCACGGCAAAAUCGGCGAACAGCAAGACUCCAAACUUGAUUAUACUAAUUUGCAUAGACUGUUGAACCUUGUUCAGCCUCGGGAGGUUUAAAUUUCCGAUAGCGGGACUGCUUUGAAAUUGCUUAGAGUUGAAUUUUUUAAUAUUAUCGGAUUUCACCAUAAAGCAGAAUCGGCUUGUUUUACCAAUACCGUUUCAUUUUCCGCAUAAAUUUUAUGCAGGGAUUUCGCAAUAAAAACGGUUUUUGGCGAGUCGAUUCAAAUCCGAUAGGAAAGAAGAUUUGUUUUUAAAUCAAUAAUAUUUUAAAGUUUCGCUAAUGGGAAAAGCAAACUUAAAACGUCUAAUACUUCUUAGUUCUAUUCUCGAAUCAUAGUACCAUGUGAGCCUUCUCAAUUGGAAUACGCAUCAAUUCAUAACCUAGUUAAAAUGAUAUAGAACCUUCCCGAGUACUAUAAAAAUGGGUGGAAAACUUUAUAGUGUGCAGGUGCAACCACAAGGUCUUCUUGGUGCUGAAUGUUUUCUCAGUAGAAUCGAUCCAUUCUCUUUCUGUUUGAUGGCGAAGCUAAUGAAAACGCAGUUGUAGAGCAGAUUUAUGUUACCUCAUACCAUGCUGCAUCAAAAUCCGGACGGUACCAAUAUCCGGACACCUUCACUAAUUUGUCCUUAAUAAGUAACUAGCUG